AUGACAAACACUAAGAUUGACGGAACUCCAUUAAGGAACUUUUUUAAAGCCUCGGUGGGUAACGGUUCAGACACGGCAUUUUGGUUAGACCCGUGGGUCAGCAACACCCCUCUAAAAGACCUUUUCCCUGUUCUGUUCAAGCUCGAUUCGGUCAAAGCCUGUCGGGUCUCGGAUCGGAUCCCGUCUCCUGAAGCUGGUCAGCGAUAUUCUUGGCUUUGGAAGAAGCCUCCUUCCUCCGAGAUGGAAGUCAACGAACUACUGAAUUUAUGCAGUUUACUGUAUCCUGUUCAGCUGAAGACUUCCAGUGAUGCAUGGUCCUGGAUCGGAGCUGACGACGUGGAAUUUAGUGUCCGGUCGGUCAAACGGCUUCUCAACCAACACAGGUCUCAAAACGGUUACUAUGUCAUCGAAGAUUGUAAGUGGAUCCCUCUUAAAUGUAACGUGUUCGUUUGGAGGGCGGAAAUGGGUAAAAUCGCUACGUUAUCGGCCUUAAAUAAUCGAAACAUUGUCAUGGAUAACCUGGGUUGUGGAUUGUGUGGCGAAGAGGUUGAAACGGUUGAUCAUCUGUUCACCACCUGUAGCUUCGCUUCAAUGGUUUGGUCUUAUGUCUGUAGUUGGUGCAAUAUUCAGAACCUCCUCCUUUUCUCUUUCAAAGACCUUCUGGAAGCUCACAAAUAUGUUGGGUUAUCUGAUAAAAAAAAAGAGGCUCUCAAAGGGAUCAUUAGGAUCGGAUGUUGGUGCAUUUGGAGGGCUAGAAACGAUGUCAUCUUUAACAACACCCCGGGGAAGCUGGAUAGGAUCUUUAGUGAGAUUAAAAACUUGGGUUUUCUUUGGUAUUCUUCUAGAUCCAAAAACAAGUCUAUUAUUUGGAAUGAAUGGUGUAAAUAUGUAAACUUGUAG